AUGGCUGCUUUACGUGCAAGUAGACGCGUCAAAUGUGACGAGACCAAGCCAUCUUGCUGGCGAUGUAUUUCGACGAAACGGAUAUGCGACGGGUAUCCAACCCCCCCUCAACACAGCCUCUCGUUCGACUCUUUGACGGAUGAAGAGCGUCGAGCCUUCCUCUUUUUUCGCAAUAGAACUGCCCACCGAAUCUUUGGGCAUCACGAUGCGGAAAUUUGGCUUCAGACUAUACUCCAACUUGGCCACAAGGAAGCUCCAGUCAAGCAUGCCCUGACCGCAUUGGCAUCGCUGCAUGAGAGCAUGGAGCCUGGGAAUACUUGCAUCUCCAUCCGCCAUUCUGAGAAAAAUGCUCAACUGUCUUCACGAAUGUUGGCGCUUAAACAUUAUACAUCCGCCAUUAAAUCCGUGCAGACAGAAUCACCACAUUCAUUUUCUCGGCCGGAUACGGUGCUCAUUCUCUGUAUCCUAUUCGUAUGUUUCGAGCAAUUUCGAAGCGGCGAUGCUGCCUGUCUGCUUCACUUACGUGCAGGCUUCAGAUUACUAUACUGGUGGAGAAAUAGUACUACCACCUACAGCAAGCUGCACGCGUACUCUAGGCCAACUCUAGACCUCAUGAAUAAUAAGAUAACACCAACCUUGCAACGUUUGCGUGUGCAGUUCUCUCUAUGUAUGGACUCCCGCCACACGCUGAAGGAUCUAGGGGUCCCACUCUGCCUACCAUUUCCAACAAUCCCAUCGUCCUACCCUUCCCUCGAUUCCGCCCGAAAAGACUACGACCGAGUGAUGAACCAUAUUUUUUCUUCCUUGGAGCGUGACGAUACCACUGGUGGUGAAUCCCCAAAGCCAGCUCUUAAUACGCUUUUGCGGCAGUGGAAGAAUGCUCUAGACUUCUCUGAUUUUUCUAAAGAGUCUCCAGCAUUGCAGGAGUGCACGGAGAAACUCUUGAAUCUCUACUACCAUGUGUCGAUCGUUAUCGCAGACACUUAUAGCUCUAAGGAUGAAACCAUCUUCGACAGGUACACUGAUCACUUUCAAAGGGCCGUUGAGCUUGCGGAGGAAAUCACCGACAUGGAAGGCAAUGAAUUGCAAGGCUUCAGUUUGUUGUUUAGCUUUGAUCUUGGCAUCACUCCGCCGAUGUUCCUUGUUGCUUCCCGUUGCCGCCACCCGCUUGUUCGUCGACGGGCUAUGGGUUUGAUGAUCCAGUCCCCGUUCUAUCAUGGCGCGUGGCAAGAUCGAUAUUCGGGUCUUUGCGCGCAACGAAUCAUCGAGAUCGAAGAACAGGGGGCCGGUUUCCUCGUGGACGACAUCAAUGUCCCAGAACAGAACCGGAUACGCAAAAUAUCAGCGGAUAUUGAAGAGACACAGUCCGAGAUUUCAAUGCAAUUUCGUCGGUGGCCAUUUACUAUAGAUGCUGCGGUUGACACGACUAUUGUGAAACUCAGGUCAUGA